AAAGCAUUGUGCUGACUUCAAAGAAGAGCUGUAAGUUGUAAGAUGUUAGUCACACAUGAUUCCUCACUCAUCUGUUGCCUGUAAGAAUACUGUUUGUGUUGAUGCUUUAGCUGCACUCUGUGAUACAUGUUAACAUAGAAAACUGUUGCACACUUGGAACAAACAACAUUAUAAUACUCAUACUGUGAUACAGUUCUUUGAACCGAUAAGGAGAAUCAUGAUGAACUCUUCAUAUGUUUCAUAUUUCACACUUGCUGCUUACUUUGACACCGACUUGUUUAAAUAUUUAUAUUUCUUGCUCCUUUUGUCUCUAUAUGUUUUCAUAGUGUGUGCCAAUGUGUUGCUGAUUGUUGUUAUCUGUGUGAACAGGAGCUUACAUGAACCUAUGUACCUUUUUGUGGUCAGCCUGUUUGUAAAUGAACUGUAUGGUAGUACAGGGUUGUUUCCAUUCCUUCUGGUUCAGAUCCUGUCUGACAUUCACACUGUUUCUGCUCCCUUCUGUUUCCUGCAGAUGUUCUGUGUGUAUACUUAUGGUGGUGUAGAGUUUACUACCUUAGCCACCAUGUCUUAUGACAAAUAUCUUGCUAUCUGUUAUCCUCUGCAGUAUCACACUCAUAUGACAUUUAAUAAGGUUGUUGUGCUUAUCACUGUAACGUGGUCUCUUCCUUUUUUUGCUGUUUUCGUCACAACAGCAUUGAGUGCCUCCUUACAGCUGUGUGGGAACAUCAUUAAUAAAGUUUACUGUGACAACUAUUACAUCAUAAAACUGGCUUGCUAUGACACCACAGUUAAUAAUGUGUAUGAACUCGUUGCUGUUUUUUUAAUAGUCUGUGUUCCUGUAUCUGUAAUCCUUUACACCUACAUGAGGAUCCUUAAAGUGUGUUUUUCUGGUUCUAAGCAGACGAGACAGAAAGCUGUCAGUACCUGCACACCUCACCUCGCUUCUCUGAUCAACUUUUCCUUUGGUUCUUUAUUUCUAAUAUUACAGAGCAGGUUUGAUAUGAGCAGUAUACCCAACAUGUUACAAAUAAUGUUGUCUUUGUAUUUUUUUACAUGCCAACCAAUCUUUAACGCUGUAAUUUAUGGCCUCAGCAUGUCCAAAAUACGCGUCAUGUGUCAAAGUCUGCUUUCAACUUCUGAGUUGGGAGGUUGCUUUAAGUUCUUUCAUCGUUCAAGAACUGGCACGGUAUCAAGAUCGACCAUUUUUUAACAAUACCCAGCUAAACCUGAAGAGGUACAUGAGUCAUGACAUUAGAAUUUAAUGAGAAGUUGUCCUUGAAGUGCUCUUUUUUAAUUGUUGCUUUGUUUGUUAGGUUUCCAUCGUUUUCACUGGAUCUGAGAGACAUGGUGUAGAUGAUUUUGUUACUAUGUGGAAUAGCAGCUAGAUGCAAACAACUUAAGAGCAAACUAGAAAUGCAGAAG